AUGGUCAAGCAGGAGUUUUCAGAAGCACUGGUCCACUGCUGGCCAGAGUACCUUGACGGUCCACUCUGGGUAACGAAGGAAGCAGUCGGGGACACAUUAGAAGAGUUGUGGAUCUCUUAUAAUUUGAUCGAGAAACUGAAGGGAAUCAAGUGCAUGAAGAACCUGAAAGUCCUCUACAUGUCCAACAACCUGGUCAAAGAUUGGUCGGAGUUUGUGAGGCUGGGUGAGCUGCCGUGCCUCGUUGAUCUUGUGUUUGUUGGAAACCCUCUGGAGGAGAAGCAUUCAGCUGAGGGCACCUGGAUGGAUGAAGCCUGUAAAAGACUUCCUAAUCUGAAGAAACUAGAUGGAACCCCAGUCAUCAAACAGGAAGAGGAUGAGGGAGAGGGAGAGAGCUGAGAAGCGUGAAUGUCUGAAAAAUUCCAACCUCUUUCCUGAAGAGUCUUCCCUUUUUUAAGUUUUGUAUGGUUUGUCAUGGUGCUUUUCUUUAUAGAGAAUUGAUUUUUAUGACAGACUUUGUUGUAAAUCAACAAGCACAAAAUAAUAAUGCGUACAUUUUGGAGUUGAAAAAAAGUCUUUUAAAUUGACACUAAAGGCCUUGUGGGUUUGGGACCAGGAUAAAGAUUUGAUGAGGUCAAACCAAAUGAGCACAUUUCCCUAAUUCUGUUUACAGCAUUAGGAUUUUUUACUGUCACACUGUGAAGGAUAUUGAAGCUAAUAUGAACGGUUCUGUAUGCCUGAAAAUUGACUGUGGUGGUACAGCACCAUUUGUUGGCUGAAAAUAGGCAAUAACUGUGUUUUUCCUACAAGAACUAAAGCACAGUGUAGCACACAGACCAGUGAGCAGGCACCUUUGUGUGGACCACAUGCUGACAAGGUCGUACUAUUAUCUCCAUACUGCUCGACGUGCUCUUUAGCCAAAUAGAACUUGGCUGUAAAUACCUUAACAUUACCAUUGAGACAGAUCUCAAUACAGAUUAGCUACAUUAUGCUACAUUAUCAUUCUUAGAUAGAAAGCAGUAGUAGCUUUAACACAGGAGGUCACAUUACAAUGCAGCUAUCUUUCUCAUGGGGCGUAAAGGGACCAUCUCUAGAUACAUUGGGGCAAAACUUGUAUGACCAAAAUACGUCCAUAGCUGUUUGUUACUGUGCUGUUUAAGAUCUUUCUGUCAGUAGGUCACUGAGGUAGUAUGUCUAAACUUGAUUAGAAAAAAAAGUAAUAUAAAGGAACAAAAACUUUUCUUUUCAGUUCGGUUUUGGAGCUAAGGUUUCCACGAUGUUCUGGUUCUGAAAGAUGUGAUACGAUGGUAAAUGCAGUUGCAUACCUGCAUUAUACUGUUUCUGUGUAAAUUGAUUUUUCAUGUUUUAAAUUAUUUUUUGGCAUGUUUGAGCUUGUAAUUGCUGGAUGUUUAUGAUUUUAAAUGAUUUUGAUAUUUUGAAUAAAUGCUAUUAUUAUUA